AUGAUCGGAGGUAAGACCGGCCACAAGGGCUUCCAAGCUCGCGAAAUUGCCGCAGACGUUUUCGUUAAUGCUCUUGCUAAGCACUUCCAAGAGAACAGAAUUGUCCUUCCACCAGAGUGGGCAGAUCUUGUCAAGACCGCUGCUCUCAAGCAAAUGGCUCCAUCCAACCAGAACUGGUUCUACACACGCGCAGCUGCCGUUAUCCGCCAGAUCUACAUGCACCACGAUGCUUCCCUCUCUGGCCUUGCAUUCCAUUAUGGCGCUAACCUCAAGGCCGUUACAAUGCCAAAGCACCACCACAACGCUUCCCGCAAGGUCAUCCGCUCCAUCCUUCAGCAAUUAGAGAAGGCUGACCUUGUUAAGGUUGGUGAGAAGGGCCGCCAGCUCACACCAAAGGGCCAGCGCCUUCUUGACCAGGUCGCUACAAGCUGCGGCAAGAAACAAUAA